ACUUCGCCUGCAUAUCCGCAUUGACAGGUGGUGUGUCUCGGGGUUUGGCAUAAUUCCAGGAAGUCAAGUGGUGAGAGAAGGCUUGUAUAAGACGGGGAGCUGUACCGAGCGUACUCUUUUCAUGAUCAGUUCCGCCCCGUUGGAAAGUCAGCGUGUGGAGUCGUGGCAGCAACCACCGCCCCGGACGACCUACUCCCUCACCGUCGAUGACAUAACACCUCACAGAGAACUUCAAGUAGGAAGAGCCAUGUCUCGCUCGGUGACCCUCGUGAAGGGAAAGAACAACAUGAUAGGUAUCAGUAUCGGCGGUGGAGCUCCCUUCUGCCCAGUGCUCUACGUAGUACAGGUGUUCCAUAGGACUCCAGCCUAUGAGGAUGGGUCCCUGUGUCCGGGAGACGAGCUGGUAGCAGUGAACGGUGCCAGCCUCAGAGGUCUCUCCAGAAAACAGACAGCCGACAUGAUCCAAUCCUCUAAAGGUUCCAUCACAAUCGCAUACAAUAGAGUCGAACCUCCCAAGGACAAAGGCUCUGAUAUUGGUGAGGAACGUACAAUACACAGCGACAGCCAAGUUCUCCCCGUGUUGAAUAGACUGGGUGAUGGUUUGAGAUGGGUAGGAACACUGCUCCCGGCUACUACUGUGAAGUCGAUAGCCUCACAAUACUCAGGCCUUUCUUCAGUAUAAUUAUGUGUGCAUGUUUUUAUGACAGUCCACAAGUUGUACGUAUGUAGAUUAUGCAUGCUAGUGAGAAAAAGGCUGUCUACCUUAGUACAAACAAGUAUAUGUCCAGAGCUCCGCAUCUUUUUUCUCUUGGCAUCACAUGGUCUAAUACCUUCAUGUGUAUGUAGUGUGUGGUGUGCAUGUGUCUCUUUCUCCUACCUGUGUGUUGGGUGUGCCCAGCUCUGAAGAAGGUGAAGCACAGGUUGGUGGAGAAGAUGAAAGACAGCACGGCUGACACUCUGGGGCUCAGCAGAGCAGUUCUGGUCAAUGAUAAGCUGGUGAAGAAAGUACAGUAUCUCGAGAACAAUGCCAGAGUAUACAGAGGUAUUGCAGAGAAGGCAAGAGGGAUGCUAUCUUCGCUAAAGGCUGUGGUUGAGGGACAUAAAGAGCUGGGUGCAGCAUUCUCCAAUAUCGGAGUGUAUGAGCCACAGCAAAGUGCCAGCGUCGCCUUCGUGGACUUUGGAAAUGCCCACAAGCUGAUAGGAGAAGAGGGGGAGAAACUGGCUUCAAAGAUUGGCCCCAUGCUGAAAGACCUCUACACUUACCUUCAGAAGGCAGUUCCAGAUACAAAGCUGACCCUGAAGAAGUAUUCUGACAGCAAGUUUGAGUUCUUGGCGUACUGUCUGAAAGUGAAAGAGAUGGAUGAUGAGGAGUACGAAGCUGCCACGUUUGUGCAGCCUCUGGGUCGAGUUCUGGCCGGGAACUACGAGUACCGAAUGUUCCUUCGGUGUCGGCACGCCGCCAAGUUGAGGUUUGUCAAACUGCGAUCGGAUGUCCUCGUGAAACUACAGCUUCUGGACAACAAGCGAGUGCAAGACGUGGCGUUCCAGCUGGAGAGACUGGUGGGAGGGAUGUACGUGUACAACCGACAGUGCUACAAUGUCCUGAAGCAGGCCGCAGUGUUCCCCAUUGAGGUUCAGCUGAGCAUCCAUCCACCCACACCUCCAGCCAUUGAGGGGGAGGGAGAGGGGGGAGGAGGAGACGAGGGGGGAUGAGGGAGGAGGAGAGGGAGCAAAUGGUAAGGCCGUAGCGAGCGAGCCACAGGAAGAUUUGCUGAUUCAGACUGAUUGAUUUCACUAGCUAUUCGAUGAACUUGAUUCUAAUCAUGUUUCUCAACCUUCACUUUUCAUUUCCCACUUUGUACCAACCAACAAAAAUCAUGAUCCAAGCCUACAAAAUGCAGUGAUUACAAUAAUUGUUCUUAGCAUGAUAUAUAGAAAUAUUGCUGUCAAAUAAUAGUCUCUGCUAUAAUAUCAAGGCCAUC